UCGGGCGUUCUCACCCAUUCAGAAAUCUGAACCAGAGAAACAAGUACACGUAUACACAAUUACACAUAGCUUUUCCUUUCCUGCACGAAUCUCUCUGCAACGGCUUUUAGGACAUCCCCUUCUCACUUUCACAGAACAAAGAAACUUGGCUCAACUAUUGGUCUCAGUUAAGGUAAAUACUUCUCCUUUUCUCUCCAAAUUGAACAGCGUAAGACGUAAGCUUUACACACUUUCAUCCCCAACCAAAUAGCGGGUGGAAAGUUUCAAUCUAAAUCAAAAUUGGGUACUUGAGAUUUUGUGUUCUUUAUGGACCAUCAAUUGGCGAAAAAGGGUUUUGAUUAUGCCCGGAAAAGGAAGAAAUGGCUCUUUGUAGCUGCCGCUUUAGGCUUCUCUGGUUAUGGCGUGUACAGGGUUUAUAACUUGCCUUCAGUAUCCCAAAAAAGAAAAAGAAUUUCAAAGCUUUUAGGAGCUUUAGUUUCUAUAGCUGAAGUAGUUUCAGACUCUGCUGAGUCAAUUGGAGUUGUCUCUAAGGAUUUGAGGGACUUUCUGAAAUCUGAUUCUGACAAAAUUCCAAAUAGCUUAAAGCAAGUUUCCAAAAUCACAAGGUCGGGUGAGUUUUCAGAAUCUGUUGUUAAGCUCACACAGGCUGUGACUUUGGGAGUUUUGCUGGGUUAUCGAUCGGAGGCAAGGAAUGAUGGUGACAAUGGAAUUUCUAGUAAUUCAAGCUUUACAGACCAGGUUAUGGACAAGCUUUUUACCAACGCCGGGUCUGGUUUUGUUUCAGUUGUUGUUGGAAGCUUCGCUAGGAAUUUGGUAUUAGCUUUUUAUUCAGAUGAGAAGUCUGGUGGAGGAUCUAAUUCAAACAAUUCCCCAAGUAUGGACCAUUUUGUUUCAGAAACAAAUUCUGUUCCAACAUGGGUGGAUGUGGUUUGUGACAAAAAGUGCAGAGACCUCAUUGGUGAUUGUAUCCAGUUAUUUGUAAGCACAGCUGUUGCUGUUUAUCUUGACAAGACUGUGAAUAUCAACACCUAUGAUGACAUCUUCUCUGGGUUAACUAACCCCAAGCAUGAAACAAAAGUGAGAGACAUGUUGUCAUCUGUAUGUAAUGGCGCGGUGGAAACUCUUAUCAGAACAUCUCACCAAGUGUUGGCAAAUUCAACUUCAAAGGCCAAUCCUUCAAAUUUGAAUUCGAGUUCCUAUCUGGCAAUUGAUGAAAGCCGAACUCCAGCUCGAGAUGAGGGCUUCAGCGAAAAGGCAUUAUCGAUGCAUUCAAAGGCAACAAAUGUGGAUGAUGAGACGAAAGACAGUGGUUGGGUUGGAAAAGUGUCCUCUACUUUGGCAGUGCCAAGCAAUAGGAGGUUUGUUCUUGAUGUGACUGGGAGGGUUGCAUCUGAAACCGUCAGAUCAUUCUUGGAGUUUUCGUCGGAGAAACUAUUUGAUGGGAUGAAAGGAUAUGCUAAUUCUGUUCGUGAGGAAACUGUGGACAAGGGUUUUGGGAUAGUGAGAUAUGCUAAUUCUGUUCGUGAGGAAACUGUGGACAAGGGUUUUGGGAUAGUGAGAUAUGCUGUUGGAAAGUCCUCUGUCAUUGCUACUGUAUGGCUAUCGUUGUGUUUACACAUAAUGGACAGCCCAUGGGCUUUGGUGCCAGCUUAGCUUGUUAAGUAUAUUCUCAUUUAACAAGUGCAUAUAGGCAAAAGAUCGCAUUCUGCAACUGCUUGGAUGGUGGAUGCUUGUGUAUAUUUCACCCAAAUCCGUAAAUUUCAUUAGGAUUGAUGGACUGAUAAGAGAAUGCUGCUUAUGACUGGAGGAGAUUUUAUGGAUCCAACCUCGAUGACAUGCUGGUCUUCACUGGUUGAUGUUGUUUGCGAGAUUGAAUGUUUUAGAAUUUGUAAAGAAAGAAACUUCAUUGUUCUUUAGGGCAUGUGUUAAGAUUAGCAUACUUAAAGCUAGAAUAUUUAGCAUUUCCAUUAUAUGAUUACAGCUAUCUGUCAAUAUGGUUGUUUGCGCAUCUGCACAGAGCACAAACAUGUCACUGUUUAAUAUAUUUUGCAUUCUUUA